CGGUGGCGGUAGCUGCCGGGACGGCUGCGGCUGGCGUCGAGGUGGUCGCGGCGACGCGGGCCAGGGAGUGAGUGGCGGCGGCCGGGCGGGCGGGCUGGGCGGCGGGCCCGAUGUGGCUGCAGCAGCGCCUGAAGGGGCUGCCAGGGCUGCUGUCGAGCAGCUGGGCCCGCCGCCUCCUCUGCCUGCUCGGCCUCCUGCUGCUGCUCCUCUGGUUCGGGAGCUCCGGAGCGCGGCGGGCGGCGGGCGGCCUGCGCUUGCCGUCCUGGGCCCACAGCGAGCCGGGCGCCGCCGAGCCGUCCGCCUGCCUGGAGGCGGCCACCCGUGCGUGGCGCGGCCUGCGUGAUCGCGGCGAGGCGGUGCCGCUGGGCCCCGGGGUGCCAGCCCUGGUGGCCAACGGCUUUCUGGCUCUGGACGCCGCCUACAACCGGCUGUGGGUGACGCCCGGGGAGCGGGAGCCUGCGGUGGCGCCGGACUUCGUGCCCUUCGUGCAGCUGCGCCCGCUGAAUGUGCUGGCUGAGGCUGGAGAGGCGGUGCUGCUGCUGCGGGAGGGCCUGCUGCGCCGAGUGCGCUGCCUGCAGCUGGGGACCCCGGGCUCGGGCCCUGCCUCUGGUGUCGCCGGGCCAGCUUCGGCCUCCGGGCUCUCCGCGGGGUCGGGCCGUGACUGCGUGCUACUGCAGGAGGACUUCCUAGCGCACCGAGGCCGACCCCAUGUCUAUCUGCAGCGCAUCCAGCUCAACAAUCCCACGGAGCGCGUGGCUGCGUUGCAGACUGUGGGGCCCACCGCGGGCCCAAUACCCAAGUCCUUCACCAGCACUCUGGAGAAGGUCGGAGAUCAUCAGUUUCUCCUCUACUCGGGCCGGUCCACACCCCUUCCAUCGGGGCUGGUGCACCUGGUAGUGGUGGCCUCUAAGAAGUUAGUGAACCGGCUCCAGGUGGCUCCCAAGACACAGCUGGAUGAGACGGUGCUGUGGGUGGUGCAUGUCUCUGGUCCCAUCCACCCCCAGGUGCUCAAAAGCAAAGGAGCCAAGGAGCUCAAGGCGCUGCAGGACUUGGCAAGGAAGGAAAUGCUGGAGCUGUUAGAGAUGCCCGCCUCGGAGCUGCUUCAGGAUCACCAGCACCUCUGGGCCCAGCUGUUCAGCCCAGGUGUGGAGAUGAAGAAGAUUACAGAUGCCCACACGCCGUCUGGCCUGACCGUGAACCUGACGCUGUACUACAUGCUCUCCUGCUCUCCAGCCCCGCUGCUCAGCCCUUCUCUGAGCCACAGGGAGCGAGACCAAAUGGAAGCCACACUCAACUAUGAAGACCACUGUUUCAGUGGCCAUGCCACCAUGCAUGCCGAGAACCUGUGGCCAGGCCAGCUCUCCUCGGUGCAGCAGAUCCUGCAGCUGGCUGACCUGUGGAAGCUGACCCUCCAGAAGCGAGGCUGCAAGGGGCUGGUGAAGGUUGGCGCUCCAGGUAUCUUGCAAGGCAUGGUGCUCAGCUUCGGCGGGCUACAGUUCACAGAAAACCACCUGCAGUUCCAGGCCGACCCUGAGGUGCUCCACAACAGCUAUGCGCUGCAUGGAAUACGCUACAAGAAUGACCACAUCAACCUGGCUGUGCUGGUGGAUGCAGAGGGCAAACCCUACCUGCACGUGUCCGUAGAGUCCCGAGGCCAGCCUGUCAAGAUCUAUGCCUGUGAGGCAGGCUGCCUCCAGGACCCUGUGGAACUGACCUCAGAGCCUGGGGGCCACACCUUCUCUGUCAUGGUGACACAGCCCAUCACACCACUGCUGUACAUCUCCACCGACCUCACACACUUGCAGGAUCUGCGGCACACACUGCACCUCAAGGCCAUCCUGGCCCACGAUGAGCACAUGGCCCAGCAGGAUCCCGGUCUGCCCUUCCUCUUCUGGUUCAGUGUGACCUCCCUCAUCACCCUCUUCCACCUCUUCCUCUUUAAACUCAUCUAUAAUGAAUACUGUGGGCCUGGAGCCAAGCCCCUCUUCAGGAGCAAGGAAGAUCCCAGUGUCUGAGUGAACCUCGAGUCCCGCUCUCGGCCACCGUUUGCACAAGACACCCAGCACUGAGCAUCCUGCUGCUGCAUGAACAGGGAGCCUUUGGAAGCACCAACCCUUUGUGCCUUGUGGGGGACAGUGACUCAGAAGCGCUUGUGGGUACAAGAGUUUGCACUGGAGGGAAAGAGGGCCGAGGACUCGUGUAAGUUUCCCAGUCAAUAAAACAAACCCGUAGGGAGAAUACUUGAAGUUGAGCGCACUCCUCCCACUUCCCCCCCGUCUUCUAUCCCAGGAAAGAGAUCCUCUUUAAAAGACUUGUUGAGGAAAAAUUGUGUUCUUUUCCUAAUUUAAUGUGUUCUUUCUUGAAUGGAUUUCUAAUUUAUUUUUGUUGAAGUUUUGCUGGGUGGCUUUUCAUCCACCUUAGAUCAGGACUGUUGAUGGCAACAACCGAUCCCUGCCACUCCUUGGCACCCGGGGCCCCAGUCUGGAGGCUGGGCCUGAGCUCCAGGCGGCCACCCUGCCUGGGCAGGUGUGGUUCCCCUGGCCUACAGCCGGUUUGCACAUUGCCUCCUUCUCACCUUGAGCCAGCGGGAUCUGUCCUUUUGUACUUUGGGUCCCUGGGAAAGGUGUUUAACUUUCUAGUGAUGGAUGGUUGUGGGCUUUUGAAAUACCAAAGCUUUUUUGUUUUUUUUUAAAUAAAUAUCUUUCAAACUUC